AUGUCCAAGGAGAACAAGAUCGAGGAUCGACGGCGAAGUCCGAAGCCGAAGCCGAAUCCGAAUCCGAUGUUGCCCUUCUGGCGACUUUCCACACGUUUCAGCAGUCGCGACUACAACGCGUCCAUUUUCCGUCUUGGACCUCAAACAUUACCCAGGCUGCUUCAUGUGCCAGGAAACACGAUGCUGUCAGUGUGUCGGUGGCUGAAGCCUCGCGUACUGGAGGGCAUCCAGGUUCUGAGCUCUCUUCCACGCCUGGCUUCAAAGACAACGCCCCAGAAUGCGCGUACUGUGGCCAGCGACACAGGCCCUCGCAAGGCAGUGGUCAAGCUCUGGGAUGCGAAGGAGGUAGCUGAGUUGGUCAGACUCUGCGACGCGGGACUGCUAUACUCUGAGAUCGGAAUUCUGUCUCAGAGAUCGGACAGGCGCUCAGUCGAGGCAAAGAGCGAUGGAGCCGACCACCACGUCCCGACUCAUGCCGAUUCUCUACGCCUGCAGAAGAUCGGCGAAUUCUGGAGUUGCGAGAGAAAAGAGAAAGGUGGUCGCAAGUCGCAGCACAGCUCUCACAUCGGACUGGCUCUGGAGUAUGGAACCGCUUCCAUAAUGGUCUUCAAGCCUCGCGAAGCCGGCAACAUGCUCGGGGUGCACCCUCUACCGCUGCAGAGCUCUCGGAGAUUGUUCAUCGCCGGGAAGCUGUUGGAACCGGCUAUGAGUGACAACUCUGAUGCUUGA